AUGCGAUUUCCUUUCGUUCCAGGAAUCAACGUGGCGUAUCGGAAGCCUGCCAACCAGUCCACGACCGCGAAGGGCGGAAACGCGAUCCACGCCAAUGACGGCGACAGGACCACCAAUCACAACGAGAAAAUGUGCACAGAGACGUAUAAGGAAACCAGCCCUUGGUGGCAGAUUGUGACCGAAUAUUGUUCUUUUGCAGAGGAAGGGGUUACAAAGACUUUCACCUGCGCGCGGACUCUGAUAGGGCAGUACGUAUUCGUGCAGCUAGGAGUAGAAGGAACGCUGUCGUUAUGCGAAGUCGAGGUGUUCUCCUCGGAUGGAGAGCGAGAGCGAGGGAGCGAGCGAGCGAGCGAGAGCGAGCGAGCGAGCGAGCGAGCGAGCGAGCGCGCGCGCGAGCGAGCGAGCGAGCGAGCGAGCGAGCGCGAGCGAGCGAGCGAGCGAGCGAGCGAGCGAGCGAGCGAGCGAGCGAGCGAGCGAGCGAGCGAGCGAGCGAGCGAGCUGAGCGAGCGAGCGAGCGAGCGAGCAGCGAGCGAAGCGAGCGAGCGAGCGAGCGAGCGAGCGAGCGAGCGAGCGAGCGGCGCGCGAGCGAGCGAGCAGCGAGCGAGCGAGCGAGCGAGAGAGCGAGCGAGCGAGCGAGCGAGGCGCGAGCGAGCGAGCGAGCGAGCGAGCGAGCUAGCGAGCGAGCGAGCGAGCGACGAGCGAGCGAGCGAGCGAGCGAGCGAGCGAGCGAGCGAGCGAGCGAGCGAGCUGACGAGCGAGCGAGCGAGCGAGCUAGGAGCGAGCGAGCGAGCGAGGAGCGAGCGAGCGAGCGAGCGAGCUGAGCGAGCGAGCGAGCGAGCGAGCGCAGCGAGCGAGCGAGCUAGCGAGCGAGCGCGCGCGCGAGCGAGCGAGCGAGCGAGCGAGCGAGCGAGCGAGCGAGCGAGCGAGCGAGCGAGCGAGCGAGCGAGCCAGCGAGAGUAG